AUGUCUUUCGAAUCAGCCUCCAGUACGACGGCUCUAGGGGAUCUCCCUGAUUUCGCUCGAUAUCCCGAUAGUGGUGAACUCAAAAUGUAUCAAGGCAAUUGUCACUGCCGCAAGUUCACAUUCGAGCUUCUUCAUCCGCCUCUGGAGGUGAAAAAGCCUGUGCUAUGCAACUGCACAUUUUGUACCAGAACUGGGGCGAUUUUCGUGUCCGGUGCUGAGAGAAUGCUGCACAUCACCUCACCAUCCGCCACUUGGGACGAAUUUACAAGGUUCGAAAACAAGACGAAGACUACCGCGUUUCAUUUCUGUCCUACGUGUGGAAACCUCCUAUUCUUUACUGUGUCAGGCAUGCCCAUUGUCGGGGUCAACGUCCGUAUGUUCGAGGGCAUCGAAAUUGACAAAUUGGGUGUGGAUCAUUUUGACGGUCGAAAUGAGCUGUAG